GGUUGAUGAGGAUGUGGAAGGCUAUUCUUGAUUGUCAUCAUGCACAAUACAUUACUAUCUCUUGGGCUUAUCAUUCAAGGAACUCAAUGAGAACCUUGGAAGGAGAUAAUGGCUCAGCUACUAGAAGAAUCUGAGUGCUUUGGCCUAAGCUUUUCUAACUGGAUCAACCACCACAUCUCAUACAUUGAAGCUCUCAAUGUAUGGCUACAAAAUUGUAUACUACAACCAAGGGAACGUUUCAAGAGCAGAAAACCCUUCUGCCCUCUCCGUGCUUUGGCUCCACCUAUAUUUGUUCUUUGUCGAGAUUGGUGUGCUGGGAUUAAAGCUUUGCCUUCUGAGGAACUAAGUCACACAAUUAAGAACUUUGUGUCUGAUCUUCGUUGCAUGGUAGAGCAGCAAGAUAAAGAGCUUCAUGAAAAACAGAAUUCAGCUGUUGCAAGCAUUGGUGGAGAAACCGAGAGCAAAACUAAUGAGGAUAGUGAAGAUGAUUCUUUACAUUUGUGUUGCAUACAUGCAAGUUUAACCAAACUUGUUCACCAACUCACUAAAUUUUCUGAGGCAUCAUUGAAGUCGUAUGAAGAUAUCAGACAAAAAAGUGAAACAGCUCAAACCGCGUAUCAUAAUUGCAUGUCUAUCAGGACUGGCAAAAUUCGAUCCUCAAAUAUUAACUUCCUGUUCUUACCUAAAAUUAAUAGAAAAUCUAAGAUGAUCUCUUGAUUUA